CGAACAUCUUCAUAUUUUUUUUUUGUCAAGCUGUAUCAUAGUACGUAUAGAUCUUUAAUGAAUAAGUGGUUGUGCUUGUUCUGUAUCGAAUUACAGUUCAAGCUGACCAAUAAUAGUUGACCCGCCAACCAAGCCAAUGAUUGGCGCAAAUUGCCUGACAAACAAGCUGGCAUUUUUUUCUUGACGCCUUGUGAACCUCACCUGCUCAUUUCCCUUUCCUUCUACUGUUUCGUCACCAGUUCUAAUCUCAAAUGACGACUAUUGAAGAUCACGACUGGAAGUUUGCUCAAUGCUUUGGUGACAAAAGCGAUUCAGGAGAUGUCACUGAAGCGGACAUCAUUUCAGCCGUCGAUUUCGAUCGAACUGGAGACUAUUUGGCUACUGGUGAUAAAGGCGGACGUAUAGUUUUGUUUGAACGGAAUGCUACUAAAUCAAGCUGCGAGUACAAGUUCUUUACCGAGUUUCAAUCUCACGAACCUGAAUUUGACUGUCUGAAGUCAUUGGAAAUUGAGGAGAAGAUCAACAAAAUUAAGUGGUGUAGACGCCAGAAUUCAGCACACUUCUUGUUGUCCACUAACGACAAAACUAUCAAGCUUUGGAAAGUAUUUGAAAAGUCACUCAAGGUGGUAGCAGAAGGAGGUUUGGAUAACGAUGUGCCUAUGAAUGGUACGCAAUCUUUGCGUCUUCCCAAGAUGAUGCGCCAGGAUACUAUAGUGGCAGCCGUCCCGCGAAGGAUAUAUGGAAACGCUCAUGCGUACCACAUCAAUUCUAUCUCAGUCAACUCGGAUGAUGAAACAUAUCUAUCUGCAGAUGAUUUGCGUAUCAAUUUAUGGAACUUUGGCAUAUCAGAACAAAGCUUCAAUAUUGUUGACAUCAAGCCCACGAACAUGGAGGAGCUGACAGAGGUGAUCACUGCAGCCGAGUUCCACCCACAGCAUUGUAAUUUGUUUGUGUAUAGUAGCAGCAAGGGAACCAUCAAAUUGAGUGAUAUGAGAGCUGCUUCGUUGUGUGAUCAACAUGCCAAACUAUAUGAAGAUGCGGAGGACCCUUCAACAAAGUCCUUCUUUUCAGAAAUCAUUGCAUCUAUUUCUGAUGUCAAGUUUAGCAAGGAUGGCCGGUACAUUCUUGCCAGAGACUACCUCACGUUGAAGAUCUGGGAUAUCAAUAUGGAUAACAAGCCCGUCACAACCAUCAAUAUUCACGAACAACUUCGAAAUAGGCUGUGCGAUUUGUAUGAGAAUGACUGUAUUUUUGACAAGUUUGAGUGUACGUUCAGUGGAGACGGAAAGUCAGUGUUGACUGGUUCGUAUAAUAAUGAUUUUCACAUAUACGACUUUGAGGGUAAAACCGAUGUCACUCUCCAAGCGGACAAGAGCGCUUUCCGCGCGCGACGACUAGGAUCCUCAAAAAGUAGAAUGACGCGCAAGUCCGGACGAAGUGACUUUGGCACCGAUUAUAUUGACUUUAACAAGAAGAUUCUGCACUCGUCUUGGCAUCCACAUGAAAACACUGUGGCCGUUGCUGCCACCAACAAUCUCUUCAUUUUUGCGGAGUAAAAUGCCGAUACUCUACACACAUAGCCAACUUAUGACUAGUCCUAUAGUUAGCUUUAAUACGUUCAAAAAUACAGUUAAAUAAUACAGUCGACGGUAAUUUUUUGCAAUUUCCA